AUGGGGGAAGAGUUGUUUACGUGUGAAUAUUGUCGAAAAACUCUUGCAACCGCGCAUGGUUUGACAGCCCAUGUCAGAAGACAUACCGGGGAAAAUCCUUACGCCUGCGAGCAAUGUGGGAAGGCAUUCGCAACUCGUUGGCGUUUGAAAUAUCACUCGGAAAUCCAUUCUGCUGAGAAACCAUUUUGCUGUGACUUCUGCCAGAAAGGUUUUCUGCGGAAAGGAGCCUUGACAGAACACAGACGGACCCAUACCGGGGAGAAACCUUUCCCUUGCGACUGCUGCGGAAAAGCAUUCGCAACCAAGUCCAAGCUGAAUGACCACGCGUUGUGUCACUCGAACAAUAAACCCCAUUGCUGCGAAGAGUGUGGGAAGACAUUUCACACCCAGAAGAGGUUAACAGUGCACAUAAGGAGGCAUACCGGCGACAAGCCCUACUCUUGCCAACUCUGCCCUAAAACAUUUGUCGACCACGUGGGUCUGAACGCUCACAUGAAGAGCCACCAGGAAAAGUCUUUUCCUUGUGGCUUUUGUGACAGGAAGUUCAGUCGGAAAGACGAAGCCAAGAACCACGAGAGGACGCAUACAGGAGACAAGCCAUUCGUCUGCAUCUGCUGCAGGAAGUCGUUUGCUCAAAGUUUCUCCCUCAAGAGGCACUUUAGGGUUCACACCAACGAGAAGCCGUUUUCGUGCGACUACUGUGAUAAGUCUUUUGGUGCUAGGUCGGCCUAUAGGGAGCAUGUUAAAAGGCAUUCCCUGCCACAUUCUUGUGAGUUUUGUGAGAAGAAGUUCCCAAGCAAGAAGGUUUUGAAAUCGCACUUACUUGCGUGCGAUAAAAAAGUGGAUUGA